AUGCGACUUGGAAAAGAUUUUCCUUCUGAUUUCAAGGAAGACAAAAAAUCUUGGGAUGUAGGAGAAAUGCGCGCGGAUCGCCUUAUUCGUUUAACACUGGCAAGGAAGUUGAAGGAAACUGUAUCCUCAAAGUUUGAUAUGGGCAUCGCUCUCCACGAUAGCGAUAUCGCUAGAGCCUUGAAUUAUAUAGAAAUGAACUGCAUAUUGAAAACUUCCAAGCCAGCCGUAUAUCGAUAUCGUCUUCAGACGUGUCACCGCCUUUAG